AUGGCAUCACGAUGGCUUCGUCCCCGGACGACAGUUUGCUCUAUUGAUGUCGAGGAUCGCUUCGGACCAUUAGUCAGUGAUCUUUGUGCCUCCGGCUUCGAUUUCACCUGGUACUUCGAAUCCGUCAUUUUGACCCUGCCGGUGACGCUGUUCUUUCUCCUCUGGGCCCUCCCACGGAUUCUUUCUCUCCGUCGAGAGAGUGUCAAAACCAAAGGUGGUUACUAUGGCAUUGCAAAGCUGGUUGUAUAUACUCUCCUGGCCGUUAUCCAAGUGAUCCUCAUCGGUCUCUGGGCUUCCCCCUUGGCCACAACCACUCGCGCCACGAUCGGCACUGCUGUGGUGACGUUGCUGGCCUACAUCGUGCUAGGGGUUCUUUCUCAGUAUGAACAUUCACGCGCCAUAAGACCGUCUACCAUCAACAGCGGGUAUCUGUUUCUGUCAUCACUACUUUCCUUGGCCGAAGUUCGCACCCUGUACUUUGUCGAGACAAAUCGUGCUGUUCCCGCCCUUUACACCGUCAAUCUCUGCCUCCGCGUGGCUGCACUCGUCAUCGAGUCGAUUCCAAAGACCUCAAUUCUAAAAAGUGCCUACCAAAAUCCUCCCCCGGAGACCGCUACGGGUGUGCUGGGUCUGAGCUUCUUUACAUGGAUUAACCCUCUCUUGCUCCUGGGCAGCCGGACGGACUUGACAGUGGCGCAAUUGCCAGAGCUGGAAGAUGCGUUCUGUGCGAAAGGGCUUGGACCCAAUGGAUUGGAGACGCUCUGGAGAAAAGGUAAAUUUGUUGCUUGCGUACGGCGAAUAACCUCCGCUAAUCUCUCGUUGCUAGGCUCCAACUGGGAUCAGCCACAUAGUUUGCUCUGGGCGUCAAUGCGGUACUAUGCCGUACCUUCCUUGCUGGGAAUUCUGCCUCGAGCCUUGCAGAUUGGCUUUACCUUUGCCCAGCCGUUUCUAGUUGAUGCCACUAUCACUUGGGUCGAUGCGCCGGAUGAGUCUUACACUAUGAGCCAAGGAUAUGGCUUGAUCGGCGCUUUCGCUCUCACCUAUAUCGGCAUUGCGGUAUCCACGGCACUGGCUCAGCAUCAGGCCUACCGGUUGGUUUCCAUGAUGCGGGCUAGCAUGAUCGACAUGAUGUUCCGUCAUAUUACUGUCAUGCAGGACAGUGACAUUGAAUCCAACGCCCCGGUCACGCUCAUGAAUGCGGAUAUUGAGCGUAUCUCUUCUGGUCUGCGGUAUAUUCACGAUGUCUGGGCGUGCAUUGUUGAGAUUCCUAUCGCCUUAUGGCUACUUUGGCGCCAGCUAGGCAUUGCAGGUAUCGCUCCCAUUGUUGUCGUGAUCGUGUGUAUGUUACUGUGCAUCCUAAUCUCCGCCUUGGCUGGUCCGCGUCAGAAAUUAUGGCUGGAGGCUAUCGAGAAGCGCGUAGAUAUUACCGCACAAGUACUGGGAUCAGUCAAGGGUAUCCGAAUGGCCGGUCUGACAGACAAACUCUACAACAUCAUUCAUACUAUGCGUAUUCAUGAGGUGAAAAUGUCCAAGCGCUUUCGCCGCCUUUUGAUCUUAGUAGUCGCCGUGGCUUAUAGUAACUACUCUAUUUCCCCUCUGGCCGCCUUCCUGAUCUACUCACUAAACGCGCGGGGCCGGACUGACAUAACGCUUACCCCUGCCCGAGCGUUCACCUCGCUAACGCUCUUCACACUCCUCUCCACCCCUAUCUCUAACCUAGUCGAAGCCGUGACGGGCAUUGCUACAGCCGUCGGCUCUAUCAAACGGAUCAACCUCUUCCUACAGUCUCCCGCCCGGGGCGAUGAUGGCCCUCAAAGCACCUCAACUGUCAGCUCCGAAACCCAGUCUACAAUGAUAGCCGCGGAAUUAGAAGAAAAGAAAGUGGCAGACGUCUCCACUCGUGAAGCUCUAUGUAGCUACGACUCUUUUCUAAGACUGGACUUUAUCGCCCACGGCCGCAGCACCGGUUGGGAAGAGAACAAACAGAAUGUUAUCAACGAAGCCUCAUUCGAGAUUCGGCAUGGGACCCUGAACAUGAUUGUCGGCCCUGUCGGAUGCGGCAAGUCUACGUUCGCCCGCAUGCUACUGCGCGAGACCCCGAUUGCUACCGGAACGCUCCAUGUUAAGGCCAGAGCUAUCGCUUAUUGUGCGCAAAUGCCCUGGCUGACCAACCGUAGCAUGCAGGAGAACAUUUUAGGAGAGUCUCUCUUUGAUCUGAUGGGGGGGCAGAAGCAACGUGUGGCCCUGGCACGCGCCGUGUACUCCCGCGCGGAGAUAUUGAUCCUUGACGACGUGUUCAGCGGCCUCGAUCGCACGACUGAGGAUGUCGUCUUCAAUAACCUCCUGGCCUCUGGUGGACUCUUGCGUCGGACGGGAACAACUAUAAUAAUGACCAGCAACAACGUCUCCCGCCUCUCGUCCGCCGAUCACAUCAUCGCCCUUUCCAAGUCCGGCACAAUAGUCGAACAAGGCUCUUACAAAGAGCUGAUGGUGCGUCCGGAGAGCUAUAUCCACAGUUUGUCGGUACCGGAGGGCAGCAGACGGACCGUGGAAGAUGAUCUGGAGAUCACGGCAGUUGCCGACCCCAAUAUGCACCGACCACUUAGCCUGGCCGCCCUCGAUCUCGAAAUGCCGCCGCCUCAGGAUGGACGGCGAACCGGUGACAUGUCCAUCUACUGGUACUAUAUUCAGAUUCUCGGAUUUUGGAGGUCCCUCAUUUUCAUCUUGCUCAUUGCUUCCUAUGUGGUGGGAAUCACCUUCCCUACCAUCUGGGUUGAGUGGUGGACUGCGUCGAAUUUGAAACAUCCGAAUUCGAUGCUUGGAUACUGGCUUGGAGUCUAUGGCUGGAUUGCAGUGAUGGCAGUGUCCACGCUCGUCCUGGCUUGCUGGCAUCUGAUGUCCAACUUAGUUGCCCGCGCGGCCAAGUCCAUGCAUGCCCGACUUUUGAAGAAUGUUCUGGAUUCCCCGAUGUCUUUCUUUCACGGUACCGAUGUCGGCCAAACCGUCAACCGAUUCAGUCAAGACCUCCAGUUGAUCGACAUGGAGCUACCUCUCGCCGUCCUCAAUACCAUUCUCACCUUCUUCACCUGUGUCGCUCAGAUGGUGGUCGUAUGUGUCUCAACCAGCUACAUCGCUGCGACGAUUCCGGCCUGUUUGCUAGCUUUCUAUUUCGUUCAGCGGUUCUAUCUCCGUACCUCGCGUCAGAUGCGGUAUCUUGAUAUUGAAGCCAAAGCGCCUUUGAUCUCGCACUUCCUUGACACCCUUAACGGCUUGGUAACCAUUCGCAGUUUCCACUGGGAGGCUCAGUACCGCGAACAGAACGCCAAGUUGGUCAACGCCAGUCAAAAGCCAUUUUACCUACUCUAUGCCAUCCAACGCUGGCUGGAAUUGGUUAUCGCACUGUGCGUCGCCGGCUUUGCCAUAGUACUGGUGGGAAUUGCUGUCGCUACGCGGGGCAACCUCAGCGCCGGCUUCCUCGGUGUGGCUUUGCUGAACAUUGUCACCUUCACGGAGAAUCUGCAGGGCUUGAUCAUGCAAUGGACCGUUCUGGAGACCUCAAUUGGUGCCGUGUCGCGUAUCCGCCACUUCGAGCGCACCGUCGAAUCCGAGCACCAGGAGCAUGAAACGAUAGAUCCCCCAGUGUCGUGGCCCGACCAGGGAGCCAUUGAGUUCAAAGACGUUGUGGCCUCGUAUCGAGACUCCUCGAGCAACGCUCUUGAUCACAUCUCACUCACAAUCCGGCCUGGCGCCAAAGUCGGCAUCUGCGGGCGCACCGGGAGUGGCAAAUCAUCACUUGUCUCCUCACUCUUUCGACUUAUUGAACUGACAAGCGGCGCCAUUAUUAUCGAUGGGUUGGACAUCUCCACCCUCCAUCGCAACCAGCUCCGCGCCCGGCUCAAUUGUAUUCCUCAGGAGCCAUUCUUGCUGCCCGCUUGCUCUGUUCGCCUCAACAUUGAUCCUGGAACCACUCUCGAAGACGAUACCUUAAUCCAAGCGCUGCAAAAAGUCCAGCUUUGGGAUGUGGUCGAGACACUUGGUGGCCUUGACGCAACCAUCACAGCAGAGACAUUCUCGCCCGGGCAGAAACAGCUCAUCUGUUUUGCACGCUCUAUGGUGUGCCAGGAGGGCAAAAUCCUCAUACUCGAUGAAGCAACUAGCAGCAUCGAUACCCAAACCGAUGAGAUCAUCCAAUCCCUCAUUCGAACAGACUUUGCUUCGCAUACAGUCAUCGCGAUCGCGCAUCGCUUGGAAACAAUUGUCGACUUCGACGAGGUGAUUGUUAUGGAAGCUGGGCAUAUUAAAGAACAAGGCCCGCCGGGGGUGCUUCUGGAGGAGAAGGGCGCAUUUGCUGAGCUCUACUGGGACACUGGACGGGCUCCAAAUCGAACACCACUGGCCUUUUGA